UGUUUUUGCCUCAUCACUCCAGACAAAUGGGCCCACUUUACUUCCUGGUUCCUCGCAAAGUUCAACUUUUUGGAGUGAGAGUAGAUGGAAUUCCAAGGCAGUAUAACUACCUGGUCGAUGAAAACGAAACUAUAGGUAUGCAACUAUAUUACAUGGACGUUACCUCACAAUAAAAAAUUAGACUAUUUCUAAUUAAACUACUUUUUUAUGUAAAUUAAUGAAAUUGAAUAACACUUUCAGGGGAAAAUGGAUCGAAGACACAUGGACCAAAUGCUGUAAUAUCAAUGCUACAUCACUGCUUACACAACUUUGGUUUAGGUGAAAACGAGUGCAUUGUUCAUGCAGACAAUUGUGCAGGUCAAAAUAAGAAUCGAUAUUUGUUGGCAUACUUCUGCUGGAGAAUUCUGCUUGGUCUACAUAGACAAAUAACAUACAUGAUGCAGAUUCCAGGACAUGCAAGAUGCUUAGUGGAUUCGAAUUUUGCACAUAUCAAACGCCUCUACAAGAGAAGUGAUUGCAACUCCCUCGAACAACUGAGAUCUAUUGUUGACAAGUCCAGCUACUCCAACAAUGCGGUUUUAUAUGCUGAGGAGGAAUCUUGGAUGUGGUCGGAUUGGGUGCAGUUCUUCUCCGAGCACUUUGAUCCACUCAAGGGUUUGCGCAGAUUCCAAAUCUUUCGAUUUUGCCAUGACAGUCCAGGGUAUGUACUUUGCAAAAAGUCUAGUGAUGGUGAGGAGAUUCCUGUGAGACUUUUGAAAUCUGAUGUAAGGCAUUUUGCUCAUGAUGCGCGACCUCCAGAGAUUUCACCAGGAGGUCUGACACGAGAAAGGCAGGCAUACCUUUAUAGCCGGAUCCGACCUUUCGUAACCAAUCCUUGGAAAGAUGUGACCUGUCCCCCGGUUCAGAACGAAGAAUGACAGCUCAAAAUUACUUCUUUGGAUUAAAACCUGUGUGACACAAUCUUAACUUUUAAAAGUAUCUUCUGUUAUGAAAUGUUGAGUUACAUGUGAUAUUAAAUAUCGUGAUUUGUAAAUGUAUAUGAUUACGUAUAAACUGUAAAAAGGAAAUG